CGUGUCGCGGCCAAUGACGUUGCUCUAAGUGAUAGGUUUAGCGACAUUCUAUAUAAGAAGCUGAGGAGGCGGGUGCAGCUUUCCCCGGCAGUCAGCGGAUCGGGACACGGAAAGCUGGCAGGCUGACAGAAGCGUUCAGCUCACCGGACGGACUUUCUGGCUUUUGACCCUUUAGCUGUGGUUACACGGAUUUGCGUGGGACAAUGAGCUCGGUAGCGGUUCUUACCCAGGAAAGCUUUGAUGAGCAUCGCAGUGGGCUAACUCAGCCAUCUGUUGCAGGCCAUGUGGCAGGACUUGGCUCAGCGGAAGAGACCGACCCUCCUACUUACAAGGAUGCAUUCCCACCCCUCCCAGAAAAAGCUGUUGGAAAUGAGACUCAAGCUGAACCUGUUGGGGCUUGGAGCAAGAUCCGGCCUAUCAAGUCUUCCAUUAUUACUCAGGUGUUCCAUGUUCCCCUGGAAGAGCGCAAGUACAAGGACAUGGCUCAGUUUGGGGAGGGGGAGCAGGCCAAAAUCUGCCUAGACAUCAUGCAGAAGACUGGGGCUCAGCUCGAGCUUUCUCUGGCAAAAGAUCAAGGCUUAUCCAUCAUGGUAUCUGGAAAACACGACUCUGUAAUGAAGGCACGGAAGGAGAUAGUGACACGACUGCAAACCCAGGCUUCUGCUUCUGUCGCCAUCCCGAAGGAACACCACCGUUUUGUGAUUGGAAAGAACGGAGAAAAGUUACAGGACCUUGAACUGAAAACCGCCACCAAGAUUCAAAUUCCCCGGCCUGAAGAAGCCAGUAAUCAGAUUAAGAUCACUGGCACUAAGGAGGGCAUCGAAAAAGCACGGCACGAGAUUCUCCUCAUUUCUGCAGAGCAGGAUAAAAGAGCAGUGGAGCGUUUAGAAAUUGAAAAGGCCUACCAUCCUUUUAUUGCUGGACCUUACAACAAAGUGGUGACUGAAAUAAUGCAAGAGACUGCAACAAGAAUUAACAUCCCCCCACCUAGUGUCAACAAGACUGAGAUUGUGUGCACUGGGGAGAAAGAACAGCUGGCACAGGCAGUGGCACGGAUUAAGCAGAUAUAUGAAGAGAAGAAGAAGAAAACAACCAGCAUUGCUGUAGAGGUGAGGAAGUCUCAGCACAAGUAUGUCAUUGGUCCCAAGGGCAAUAAUCUUCAGGAGAUCCUGGAGCGUACUGGGGUGUCUGUGGAGAUUCCACCAAGUGAUAGCAGCUCAGAGACUGUAAUCCUACGUGGAGAGCCUGAAAAACUGGGACAAGCUCUUACUGAAGUUUAUGCCAAGGCUAACAGCUUUACAGUGGCUUCCGUCUCUGCUCCUUCAUGGCUGCAUCGGUUCAUCAUUGGCAAAAAAGGACAGAACCUGGCAAAGAUCACACAGCAAAUACCAAAGGUGCACAUUGAGUUUACAGAAGGAGAAGACAAAAUCUCUUUAGAAGGCCCCACAGAGGAUGUAACUGUGGCUCAGCAACAGAUGGAAGCCCUAGUCAGGGACUUGAUUUCCCGUAUGGAUUUUGCGGAGAUAAACAUUGAUCACCGUUUCCAUAGGCAUCUUAUUGGCAAGAGUGGUGCAAAAAUUAACAAGAUUAAGGAGCAGUACAAAGUGUCUGUGCGAAUCCCCCAGGACAGUGAGAAGAGCAAUCAUAUCCGAAUUGAGGGUGACCCUCAGGGGGUGCAGCAAGCAAAGAAAGAGCUUUUGGAGUUAGCAUCACGUAUGGAGAAUGAGCGCACUAAGGACUUGAUCAUUGAGCAGAAGUUCCAUCGGACAAUCAUUGGCCAAAAGGGCGAGCGCAUCCGGGAGAUCAGAGAAAAAUUCCCAGAGGUUAUAAUUAAUUUCCCUGACCCAGCUCAGAAAAGUGACAUUGUGCAGCUGCGUGGGCCCAAGAAUGAGGUGGAGAAGUGUACAAAGUAUUUACAGAAGAUGGUGUCCGAACUAGUUGAGAACAGUUAUUCCAUCUCUGUGCCGAUCUUUAAACAGUUCCACAAGAAUAUCAUUGGAAAGGGAGGUGCCAAUAUUAAAAAGAUUCGUGAAGAAUGUAACACUAAAAUUGACCUCCCAGCUGAGAAUAGUAACUCUGAAAUGAUUGUGAUCACUGGGAAGAGACCAAACUGUGAGGCUGCAAGAGACAGAAUAUUGGCCAUUCAAAAAGAAUUGGCAAACAUCACAGAAUUAGAGGUCAACAUUCCAUCCAAAUUGCACAAUUCCCUCAUUGGUGCUAAAGGCAGAUUUAUCCGCUCAAUCAUGGAGGAGUGUGGGGGAGUGCAUAUCCACUUCCCCAGUGAGGGUUCUGGGAGCGAUACAGUGACCAUCAGAGGACCAGUUCAGGAUGUGGAGAGAGCUAAGAAGCAGUUACUGCAGCUUGCUGAGGAGAAACAAACAAAGAGCUUCACUUCAGAGCUUAAAGCUAAACCAGAGUACCACAAGUUCCUGAUUGGUAAAGGAGGUGGAAAUAUCCGUAAGGUACGCGACCAGACUGGAGCUAGGAUUAUAUUCCCCACUGCAGAUGAUAAGGACCAGCAACUUAUCACCAUCGUGGGCACUGAAGACUCUGUGAAAGAGGCACAAAAGGAGUUGGAGUUCCUGAUCAAGAGCCUGGAUAACAUUGUUGAGGAUUCAAUGUCUGUGGACCCAAAACACCACCGUCACUUCGUGAUUCGCAGAGGUCAGGUCCUGAGGGAUAUUGCAGAGGAAUAUGGUGGUGUGAUUGUCAGUUUCCCACGAUCGGGAGUUCAGAGUGAUCGCGUAACACUCAAAGGAGCUAAGGAAUGCGUGGAGGCUGCUAAAAAAAAGAUUCUGGAUAUAAUUGAAGACUUGGAGGCUCAGGUCACUAUUGAGUGCUUGAUUACUCAACGGUUUCAUCGUUCCAUCAUGGGCCCCAAAGGAAUUCGAGUCCAGCAGAUUACCCGUGAAUUUGGAGUGCAGAUUAAAUUUCCUGACCGCGAGGUCACACCUCAGGGAGCUCCUAAUGCAGAACCUCAUGUACAAGAGAAUGGAGAUGAGGGAACAGAGGUAAAAGCAACAGACCCUGAAUCUCCCAAAAAAUGUGACAUCAUUCUGAUCUCUGGACGCAAAGAGAAGUGUGAGGCAGCCAGCGAUGCUCUUAAGGCCCUUGUCCCUGUCAGCAUUGAAGUAGAGGUGCCAUUUGAUCUUCAUCGGUACAUCAUUGGGCAGAAAGGAAGCGGAAUUCGCAAGAUGAUGGAUGAAUUUGAGGUCAACAUCCAAGUGCCGUCCCCUGAGCAGCAAUGUGAUACAAUCACCAUAACAGGGCAGUCUGCCAAUCUAGAUCGUGCCAAGGCUGGACUUCUAGAACGAGUGCGGGAACUGCAGGCUGAGCAAGAAGACAGGGCUCUGCGCAGUUUUAAACUGGCUGUUUCUGUUGACCCCAAAUUUCAUCCGAAAAUCAUUGGGCGUAAAGGAGCAGUGAUUAGUCUGAUUCGUUCUGACCAUGAUGUCAAUAUCCAGUUCCCUGACAAGAAUGAUGAAAACCAGGAUCAGAUUAUCAUAACUGGCUAUGAGCGUAACACAGAGUCUGCUAGAGAUGCCAUUUUGCAUAUUGUGGGAGACCUGGAAAAGAUGGUUUCAGAGGACAUCACUGUAGAUCACCGUGUCCAUGCUCGCAUCAUUGGUGCCAGAGGCAAAGCUAUACGUAAAAUCAUGGAUGAGUUUAAGGUGGACAUUCGCUUCCCUCAAACUGGAGCCCCUGAUCCCAACCUUGUUACAGUCACUGGCAAGCCAGAGGAUGUGGAUGAGGCCAUUGAUCAUUUGCUUAACCUAGAAGAGGAAUAUAUGUCUGAUGUAGUGGACAAUGAAGUGAUGCAAUCCUAUAUGAAGCCUCACUCUCAUGAAGAGAGCAAGUCGCAGCCAUCCAAGGGCUUUGUUGUGAGAGAUGCUCCAUGGACUACAGGAAGCAAUGAGAAGGCUCCUGAUAUGAGUAGCUCAGAGGAUUUCCCUAUCUUCGGUACUCCAGUGGCCCACAAAACAUCCCCAUGGGGCCCCAAGAGACAUGGGGGCGGAAAAGGCCUACUGCCAGCUGACAUGUCUGCUUCCUGUUAACUCUUCUGUCGCUGUGUCAGAUUCACUUGCCCCAGUCAUCUCCUUGUCCCUGCCCACCCUUCCCUCUGCCUCCUAGGAUCCCCUUAUUUACCCGUCAUGCAGUUUACUGUGCAGAGAUGCACAUUUUAAUGUUUCUGGUUUCUCACUUUAAGGAGUUAAUCAGCAUUUCAUUUUUAGAAUGUGAAGUGUAUAACUGCGCCGGCAGUGCGUAAUCCAAUAGCUAUACAGCCUCCAGCCACGCACACUCAUUCUUUCCUAAAGUCACUGUACUGCCAUUUUGUGUAUGAUCUGCCAUGUUUGGUACGUAUUGUGUGCGGUCAUGAUCAAGCCACAUUCACCCAGAUUGCCUUGUGGAUUCAUGUUAAUGUUCCUGAGAUGGGUUACAGCAGCUGACAUGCCCCGGAAUAAUAUAUGCUGGUGUGCCCUUUCUUCAACUCUUAGCAGACCUCUUGGCUGUGUUCAGUCAUAAUCAAGUUCCACAUUCAUGCAUGAAAUGCUGCUUUAAACUGUGAGGUGAGGAUGAUUUUGAGGGCUGCACAGUCCCACUAGUCAUUCCCCCUGCAUUGGGGGGGAGCCUUGUGUCUUAACGCUUGAUUGUCCUCCUCCAGAUCAGAAUGCAUAGUGAGGAGCCCUGUAACCCCUUCACUGCCAGGAAGCCAUUUCGAGGAAUAUGCACAAAUGGAGGUUGGAGAGUAUGAGUCUCUGCCAUCCUUUAAUCCGGUUUUAUCUCGUAAUGGCUGAUCAUAUUCCUAGCUGUGGAAGAUUCCUAUAGUCUCCUCUAUUGUCAACAAUGACUUUGCCCCCCAUCUGCUGCAGAUGGGAGAACGUCCAUGAGUUGACUGGGCAACUGAUUGGAUUAUGGCUGCCCAUCAACUCUUUAAUUAUCUUUCCCUUGUCCCUUUACCUCUGAUGCCGGGGGAAGGGAUCACUUAUUGUCCUGGUUGGGUGGGGGUGACAUUAGUUUCAGGUUUUUCCAGACCUCUCCUCAGCCACCUUGUACCCUCCCCCCCCUGGACAUUUCUUCUUACUGUGCCUCAGUAUCAACUUCCUGUACACAAAGGACGGGAAAUAAACAUCCUUUAAAAGCCA